AUGGCAACUGCGAUGUCUCCCCAACAAGGUCCCGUGAUGCCCAAGAGCCAUGUCGGUUUCGACAGCAUUACUACCCAGAUUGAACGCAAACUCCUCAAACGUGGUUUCCAAUUCAACGUCAUUUGCGUUGGUCAAACAGGAUUGGGGAAAUCGACCCUUAUAAACACCAUCUUCGCAUCUCAUCUCAUAGACUCCAAGGGUCGCCUCUCUCCCUCUGAGCCUGUCCGAAGUACAACCGAGAUCCAAUCAGUCUCUCACGUAAUUGAGGAGAAUGGCGUACGCCUACGGCUCAACAUUGUUGAUACUCCAGGCUACGGUGAUCAAGUGAACAACGACAGAUGUUGGGAUCCCAUUGUCAAGUACAUCAAGGACCAGCACUCGGCAUACCUGCGAAAGGAGCUUACGGCGCAACGAGAGCGAUACAUCCAAGAUACCCGUGUUCACUGUUGUCUUUUUUUCAUUCAACCAUCAGGUCAUGCCCUCAAGCCCAUAGAUAUUGUGGUUCUGAAGAAGUUGUCUGAUGUCGUCAACGUGGUUCCUGUGAUUGCGAAGUCUGAUUCGCUGACCUUGGAGGAGCGCAUGGCCUUCAAGGAGCGAAUCAAGGAAGAAUUCACGUUCCACAACCUGCGAAUGUAUCCUUAUGAUAACGACGAGCAAGAUGAAGAGGAACGUGCCACAAACAGCAGUAUCAAGGAUCUCAUCCCCUUCGCCGUGGUUGGAUCAGAGAACUCGAUCGUCGUUGGUGGACGAUCAGUGCGUGGCCGCCAGAAUCGCUGGGGUGUGAUCAAUGUCGAGGAUGAGAACCACUGCGAGUUUGUGUCGCUGAGGAACUUUCUGACUCGCACGCACCUGCAAGACCUCAUCGAAACUACCUCGCAGAUCCAUUACGAGACUUUCCGUGCGAAGCAAUUGCUGGCGCUCAAAGAGAACAGUGCUGCUGGUCAAGGUAGCAGGCCUAUCAGCCCGUCUGCGGAUCGGGAGUUGAGCCGGCAGUCACAAAGAAUGACGAUGAAUGGAUAUUGA